CCCAGAAAAACCCUAGAAAUCCAAAUCCCCCCCUCGGAAUCUUCCUUUCCCUCUAUUCCAUAUCCCACGGUCAACCACAACCCAAUGCGCAAUUGACCCUUAGCCCAAAGCUCGCGACUUUUUUGCUGCUCUGAAAAUGUCGUCGGAGAUCGAGGUCGUCGAGGAGGAGACCCGCCCCGAUCACGAAUCGUCGGCGGCGGCCGCCUCGGGAAAUUCAGGCGGAGAAGCGAAUGGGGUGAUUGGGGAGGAGAGUCUCCGGAACGACGUGUACACGGCGACGGCGUACGGCGAUUUGGAGAAGCUUCAGAGAUUGGUGGAGUGUGAGGGUUGCUCGGUUUCCGAGACCGAUGGGCUUGGCUACUACGCGCUCCAGUGGGCCGCGCUUAACAACCGAACUGCCGCCGCUCAGUAUAUAAUAGAGCACGGAGGAGAUGUGAAUGCGAAGGAUCAUGCGGGGCAGACGGCAUUGCACUGGAGUGCUGUGCGGGGUGCUAUCCAGGUUGCGGAGCUCUUACUCCAAGAGGGUGCUCGGGUGAAUGCCGAGGAUAUGUAUGGCUAUCAGACUACACAUGUGGCAGCCCAAUACGGUCAGACUGCUUUCCUAUAUCAUAUUGUUUCGAAAUGGAAUGCUGACCCUGAUGUUCCUGAUAAUGAUGGAAGAAGCCCUUUGCACUGGGCUGCUUAUAAAGGUUUUGCUGAUUGUAUACGUCUUCUUUUGUUUCUGGAUGCAUAUAGAGGGCGCCAAGAUAAAGAGGGUUGCACUCCUCUACAUUGGGCUGCGAUCAGGGGUAACUUGGAGGCAUGCACGGUGUUGGUACAAGCUGGGAAAAAGGAGGACUUGAUGGUUACUGAUAAUACUGGCCUUACACCAGCCCAACUUGCUUCUGAUAAAAACCACAGACAAGUUGCUUUUUUCCUUGGGAAUGCUCGAAGGUUGCUUGACAAACGUUGUGAUGGGAAUAGUCGUCUAGGUCAACUAACAAAGCUAGGACUUGCACCAGCACUUUGGUGUGUAAUCUUUGUGCUCCUUGUGACCUAUAGUCAUUCUGUUAUCAUGGCUCCAAAUCUGCCAAAGUUAACAGCCGGCUCAGUUUUUAUUGCAUGGCUUGGAGUUUUCCUAGCAACUGCAGGGCUGGUUAUGUUAUAUCGGUGUAGCAGUAAAGAUCCCGGUUACAUCCGAAUGAAUAUCCAUGAUUCACAAAAUAUGAAAGAUGAUGAACCUCUUUUGAAGAUUGAGAUAAAUAAUCCGGCCUUGCUAGCUGGUAACUGGUCUCAGCUCUGUGCAACUUGCAAGAUUGUCAGGCCUCUUCGUGCAAAGCAUUGUUCUACUUGUGACCGUUGUGUUGAACAAUUUGACCACCAUUGCCCUUGGGUAUCCAAUUGCAUUGGCAAGAAAAACAAAUUGGAUUUCUUUAUAUUCCUUGUUCUUGAAGUUUUGGCGAUGUUGACUACUGGAGGAGUCACUGUUACGAGAAUUUGGAGUGAUCCACUCAGUCCAUCUUCAUUUGGAGCAUGGCUUAAUCAUGUUGGUACAAAUCAUUUUGGUGCUAUAUCGUUUUUGAUUGUUGAUUUCUUCCUCUUCUUUGGUGUGGCUGUUCUGACUGUUGUACAAGCUUCUCAAAUUGCGCGAAAUAUUACAACUAAUGAAAUGGCAAAUGCAAUGCGCUAUAACUACCUUAGAGGGCCAGGGGGUCACUUCAGAAACCCAUAUGAUCAUGGGACCAAGAAGAACUGCUCAGAUUUCUUGAUCAAGGGCUACAAUGAAGAUGUGGAAUUGAUUGAAGAAUCAGCUCGUGAUGAGGGGACUGGAAUGAGGCACAUGACUAAUUCAGCCUUGCAAAAUGGCGAUUCCCAUUCUCACCACACAAAUGGCAAUGGCCAUGUUGCAAUCAACGUAAAUUCGAAUGCAUCUGCACAUCAAGGUCAUGUUCAUUCUGCCCAUUGCAGCCAUGGCAACCAUGGUAAACCAAAAACUGAUAAUGUACCCUUAGGCUUGGGUCUUGGCCUUGGACGGAACGCUUCCCGACCUGCUGGGUCUUAGUGAUAGUAGUCUCCUUGGCCUGAUUGUAGCUGAAAAUGUGUUCUGUAUGAUAAUCAUACUUCAGUUACAGCUUUUGUAAUUUAAUUGCUUAUUGCUCCAUAUACGAAAGUUGCUCCACAUUUGCUGAAGUCAGUCUUUUUCAGUUUUGAUCAGUCACUUAAAGAAGUGUGGUUGUGAAUAACAGAGCUCUUGUAUAUUGGUAGGUUGAAAACCCUGGUUACUGUUCCUUUUGCUCAAUAGAAAGAUUUAGCACUUCCUUGAAG